ACAAACAAUGGCACAAUUUGAAAUCACAUUUUCAAUUCACAACAUAACAUUGCGUUUGUAAAACCAUAACGUCAAAGUCAAACGUAUUUGGUGUGUAUACAUGAAUGAAGAGGCGCAUUCAUAUUCCUUAAAGUUGUAGUUUCGUUAACCUAAAUUUUAGCGGAGAGCUACCAAGAAGAAGCGGCAGAAAUCGAUAUUUUAAAACAACCACCGAGCUUGUAUGGCGACGAUUAAGUCCGCUUGUUCAUCUGAAAUGUUAGAAGAAAUUAAUGCACUGGAAGACGCCGGACAAACCCUUGACAACAUCAGACAGGCUAAAGAGUUCUACACCGCAGCUGUUAAGAUCGACAGAAAUAUUUCAGUGAAUAAAGAUACAUUUGGUCGUGUUGUUGGUAAUCUUUAUAGAUUAAGCUUGGCUUGUGAAGCACUCGGAGAGCAAGAUGAAGCUUUAAAGAAUUUAAACAAAGCGAAGGACUAUGCGCAAGUUGGAGGUUUAUAUAAGAAUUGGCUAAUGUUAGUUGUGUUACUCAAGCUAAGCCGGAAAUAUACGGAGUUCAGUGAGAUGGGAUCCGUUGGCGUUGACAAAUCAGAGAUGUAUUUGCGAGAAGCUAAAUGGGUUGCCAAAAAUUUAUUUGAAGACGAUGUCUCGGCAUUAGUCCGGACAAUCAAAGCCGCAGGAAAAGAUCUAUCAAAGCAAAUAUCUCCUCUUCUCAAACUUGGUGAAUGGUACUUGGAUAAGGCCACGACAACCGUCAAUGGCGCUGAUUUUGGAAAGGCCAACGCACUUUUUAACGCUGCUCUCGUAAGAUCGAGAACUCUGAACCACGAAAUAGAUGCAGACCAAAUACUCGGAAGAAUCGUUGAAACGUAUUGCGAAUUUUUGUACGCAUUUGCAAAAGACGAUGGCAAAAGCAACAAAGACAAGAUUCGUAGUGAGAUUGAUUUUCACAAGCAGUGGAUUGCUCGUGAACGGAGAAUAUUCAAAGAACGGAUUGAUGAAAUUGAUCGCGACCAUACUCGUGAAGCUGAACGAGAUUAUGAGGUCCAUGCAGAAAAGAUGUAUGAGGUUUUUCGAGACAUUCAAGAUAUGUUCAUCAGAUUUGUAUCAAUGUUAGCUAAAGAGUGCGAGGAUAGUCUUGGCAAACCACCAUGUGACUACACAUGUAUUGCCCUCGGCUCGGUGGCACGUAUGGAAGCAACGCCUUUUUCAGACUUGGAAUUUGCAAUUCUGUACUCCGACUCAAAUAUCGGGGACAAAAUAAACUACUUCCGAGUAUUAAGUUAUUUUCUUCACUUAAAAGUUAUAAAUCUUGGAGAAACUAUCCUACCAGCUGUGGCGAUCGAACAGCUCAAUGAUUUUCAGUCAUUAGACCCAAAUGACGAUUGGUUCUUCGACUCGGAAACGCCUCGAGGAAUUUCAUUUGAUGGAGCAAUGCCGUGGGCAUCCAAAACUCCGUUAGGAAGAAUGGGGACAGGAAAUAAACCAGCUUUAGAGUUGAUCAGAACACCAAAACAAAUGGCGGAGUUGCAAGAUGAAGAAAUUGCUAUAAAAGAAGGUUAUCAUUUAGCUGAUAUAAUGUCGAGGGCCGCAUUUCUUUACGGGAGCCAACUUCUACUAGACGAAUACAAUGAAUGUGUAGCUGAAAAAUUAAACACAAAAUCAAGUGAAUCAACUUCAGAUGUAGGCAUCAUCCGAGGAUUUCAACAAAUGAUGAACGACAUACGAGCCUUUUAUCCCUAUCAUUCAUACCUCGGGUCAUAUUCAGCUGCAGGCGGUCUCUUCGAUGCUAAGAAACAGUUCUAUCGUCUCAUCUCUUUGCUUCUUGCCGACCUGGGUUUGAUCCUUAAUAUUAGAGUUCCAUCGUCAUGGCGAAUCAUUUUGGAGUUGCAGAAUCGAGGAAUUAUUGGCGAAUCCGAGGGCGCUAGCAUCAAAGUAUGUCUAUCCAUUGCGAACGAAAUGAGACUUAAAACUUACUUUGCUAAUAAUGGACAGAAAGAUCUAUUUUCCCCUGUUCCUAAGCUGGCUAAGCAUACAACCACCACAGAACAAUCCGCCGUUCUUCCUAUCUUCCGUGAUUACGAUGAAAAUGUUGUUGUCCGUCUAUUGAGUAUCACUAAUGAUAUGGGUAAACGCUGUCGUAACUUUGGCCUAAAGUUCUUCGAACAUGGCGAAAUUGACACAAGAACUCUUCAGAAAUCAACUUAUCCAUCAUCGAUGGCCAUGCUCAGAGGAAGCCUUUAUUCUAGGCUACAAAAUUUUCAAAAAGCUUUAGAGUCGUAUGAAUUGGAACCUGAGGAUAGUCCAGACUACUCGAUGUGUCUUAACGAUAAAGGAGUUAUCUAUAACGAGUUUGGGGAAAGCGAAAAGAGCGUUGAAUGUUUUGAAAACGCCCUAAAAGUGCAUUACCAGAAUGAAAAGAACUCAAAUCUGAACGUGUGUUCAACAACUAAUAAUGUAGCGUUGAUACUAUUACGGAUGGGAAAGCUUGACAAAGCGAGAAUUGUUUUAGAAGAUGCGAUUAAGAAAUAUGACGAAAGCUCGUAUACUAUUGACCUCUGUGCUUUGAUGAUAAAUCUCGGAAGAACCUACCAUGAGCGUGGAGACAGGACGUCAGCAGUUGAAAUUUACGAGAGAGUUGAACAGAUGCAUAACAAAUUAACGAACAUCCCAGAUAUGCAUGUGAUUCAUCUUUGCCUUUACCUUUCCAUGUCAUUAACAGAACCUGAUCAGCAUGAACGGUCAAUAAAGUAUAUGGAACGAGCGUUACGACUUGGUCAUAAAGUAUUUGGUGAAUAUAGCCUCAGCGUAAAGUUGGCGGAAAUCUAUGUAUUUGCAGGCAUUGCUUACGAGCGUUGCAAUCGAAAUGAUGAUGCUCUGACUUUCUUCCAGAGAAGUUUGGAAUUACUUCAACAUCUCUUUGGCGAUAACCCGCACUUAGGUAAAGUGUUUUGUCUCAAUCACCUGGGAAAUUUUUUCUAUGGACGAGGUCAAUUAAUAAAAGCGGCAGAGAACUUUGAAGAUGCUUUGAAACAGGAAAGGGCUCUCUUCCAGGGAAAGCCUUGUAUUACGAUUUCGAAAACACUAAAUAGCUUAGGAAAGACACUAAAACGCUCCGAAAAGUUCAACGAAUCACUUCAGUACUUUCAAGAAGCAAAGGAUAUAAUGGAGAUGACCUUAGGACCAGAUUACGAGCAACCUCUCACAUCAAUUAUCCUGAGUAACAUGGGAGCAAUUUAUAAAGAACUUGGCGACCUCAGGAAAGCUAAAGAAUACUGCACCAAAGCUCUCGAUGUGGAUAGAAAAAAUUCUAAAACUAUGGAAACGGUUUCUCGUGUUGUAUCCACUCUUUUCUACCUGGGCGAGAUAUGUGAAAACCUUGGAGAGCAGGAUAAGGCUUUAAAGCAUUUUGAAGAAGCAAGAGAGCUCCUAUAUGUUUCUAGGUCUAAAGAUCGUCCAGCUUUGGUGAGAAUAUUACUCAAGUUGAGUACGAAGUAUUUUGAGAUUGGGUCCAUUGCGAUAAGUAUGUUGUGUGUUAAAGAGGCUUUACAGAUAGCCAAAAGCUACCCUGAAGACGAUUCACGUCCUCCUAUUAUUUUAGAAGUUUUCAAGUUGCUCAAACAAAGUACCCAACGUCAGUAACAUCUCAGACCAAGCGAAGAUAGGUUUUUUAUAAUAAUCGCAUUAAUAAUGGCCUAUUACUAUCAGAUAAGAUAAUAACUUUAACUAUAACCAGAAAUCCAGUUUGUCCCAUGCACGAUUUAUAAAAUUUAGCUAACUAUAAUAUAUUAUAAAUUUUAUUUGAAAUAUUUUGUCCCAGAUUAGCAGGGCCUCUUUUAACAUAUAGACUGGGGGGCAGAGGCUCUCCUAGCCCCAUCCCCGUAAAAAUCUAUUUAAAAAUAUUGAUAAAAACUAAAGAUUGCUUUUGUUCAUGACAAUGUAUUAGCAUUUUUGCAAUCUGUAAGCCUAAAUUUGCUUAAUGUACAAGCAGUGGUGUAGGCAGCCUGAAGAUUUUGUCUCGCUAUGUAAAUUUCGAGUUAUUAUAAUUAUUCAUGUCUUUAGAAAUCUAUUGUUUUCACAGUCAGUGAACACGAAAAUAUUAGCAUAGCGGGACAAAUCGACAGGCUGGCUACGAACAAAUCAUGUCCGCAUUUCUUUAUCAGUUCAAUUGGUUUAAUAUAUUUUUGAUUCAAAAUUGCGAUUUCGAGCAAUAAGAUGUGCGAAAAAUUACACGAAUUGUUUUUAAGACUUGCUAAAUCCCAAUAAAUCUGCUGUAUAUUUAGGGCCCAAUUUUUAUAAUUAUGUAAUAAUACCCACUAUGGGUAGUAAUAAUUUUACAAUAGGUAAAUUAACUUUAUGUAAUUUGAUUGGACGUACGAUUUUCUGCACAUGUGAAAAUUGUCGUAUGUCAUUUUGGCGGCAUUUUUUUUAAGAUUGCGUCGAAAUAUAGGAGUGUCCAGACAUUUUCACAUUCGGCACAUAAUAGCUUUCGCAAAGAAAAUCUAACUUCUAUUGAACAAAAUUACGAAAACAGUAAUAAAUAUGUUUUGAUGCAUAUUAUGAAAAUCACUAAACUGCCGACACUGCCGCUAUAAAUUUCAAAGACGUUUUAUCAUUCCAAACUCAAAUUCGGAUAAUUAAUGUGAUCAAAUCGGUUCAUCGAUUUGGUCACAUGACUUCACGAUAUCUGAAUCUAAAUUUGCACGCCGUUAAAAUAAUAUCCCGAACUAACUUUAUAUCUACGUGCAAUUGCUUGAAAGCUUGCUGUAAAAUAUCCCGUUGUAACAUCUCCACCUUCAGAUGAAAUUGUGGCUGCAAUAAGAGAGCGUAAGUCCUUCUCCACGGCCUUUCCUUCGUUGUAUGUCAUCCAAAUGCAUUUUCGUAGAACAAUUCAUAAUUAGAACAAAUGAAUGAAUAACAAUAACAUGUAGUCAUGUGACGAAAACAAUGAACAGAUUUGAUCACAUGACUUAACCGAAUUUGAAAUAAAUUUAAAUGAUGAAACGUCUUCUUCCGUUUGAAAAUAGUAGCGGCAGUGUCGGCAGUUUAGUGAUUUUCGUAAUAAAAUUUCGAUUUUUGUUGCUCGCUGUGUUUUUGUAUAUUACUGAAAAGCGCGUGUCGUUGUCAAAUCGAUCUCCAUACACAUUUAGUAAACAAAUUAUUUCAUGGUUGUCUUGUUUGUACGAACUCGUUGGGAAGGAUUGAAAGCUCACUCGUUCGUUUUGCGAUCCUUCGUAACUCAUGCAUAAAAGUCGUACGCACUCGCCAACCAUGAAGUAAUCUCAAGUGUCACUGGUUAGGGGAGAAUGAGCUUUGUUUGAUUUCAACCCCUCAUAUAUAACCAAUAAAUGACUUGAGAACAGUAACUUUCAAGGUUUAACUUAUUUGGUUUUUUAUUCUUGCAACUGCAAUGAAAUGAAAUGGUUUAAGCAGUUACUAAAAUGUAAUCGAUUUAAUUUACUUUGAU